AUGCAUGCCUCACAGGACCACAUCUUACAGAAGCCCACACCUGCCCCACGGCUGGGCAUGUGGAGAUCUGCGGCAUGGAAGGAUGCGGGGCUCCCACUGUCCACCCCAAGCAAUGAGGCCUGCAAGCUGUUUGAUGCCACCCUGACCCAGUAUGUGAAAUGGACCAAUGACAAAAGUCUCGGUGGCAUUGAGGGCUGCCUGUCAAAGCUCAAAGCAGCAGAUCCGACCUUUGUGAUGGGCCACGCCAUCUCUAAUGGCCUUGUGCUGAUUGGCACCGGAAGCUCCGUGCGGCUGGACAAAGAGCUGGACCUGGCUGUGAAGACGAUGGUGGAGAUUUCUAAAACCCAGCCACUGACACAGCGGGAGCGGCUGCACGUGUCUGCGGUAGAGACGUUUGCAAAGGGGAACUUUCCGAAAGCCUGUGAACUAUGGGAACAGAUUCUCUGGGACCACCCGACAGACAUGUUGGCCCUGAAAUUUUCCCAUGAUGCCUAUUUUUACCUGGGCUACCAGGAACAGAUGCGAGAUUCUGUUGCUCGAAUUUACCCCUUCUGGACACCUGACAUCCCCCUGAGCAGCUAUGUGAAAGGCAUAUAUUCUUUUGGAUUGAUGGAAACCAACUUUUAUGAUCAGGCAGAAAAGCUUGCCAAAGAGGCUUUAUCUAUUAACCCAACAGACGCAUGGUCAGUGCACACCAUUGCCCACAUCCAUGAGAUGAAAGCAGAGAUCAAGGAUGGGCUGGAGUUCAUGCAGCACUCAGAAGCCCACUGGAAGGACUCUGACAUGCUUGCUUGUCAUAAUUAUUGGCACUGGGCUUUAUAUCUGAUUGAAAAGGGCGAGUACGAGGCUGCGCUGACCAUUUACGAUAAGCACAUCAUCCCCAGCCUGCAGGCCAACGGUGCGAUGCUGGAUGUGGUGGACAGCUGCUCCAUGCUCUACCGCCUCCACAUGGAAGGGGUGUCCGUGGGCCCGCGGUGGCAGGACGUCCUGCGCGUGACCCAGAAGCACAGCCGAGACCACAUCCUGCUGUUCAAUGAUGCACACUUCCUGAUGGCCUCCCUGGGUGCACGGGACACCCGGACCACAGAGGAGCUGCUGACAACUCUGCAGGACACCAGCGAAUCGCCAGGGGAAAACUGUCAGCACCUCCUGGCCCGAGACGUGGGGCUGCCCCUGUGCCACGCUCUGGUGGAAGCUGAGCGCGGGAACCCCGACCGUGUCGUGGAACUGCUGCUGCCCAUCCGCUACCGAAUCGUGCAGAUCGGAGGCAGCAAUGCCCAGAGAGACGUCUUCAACCAGUUACUAAUUCAUGCGGCCUUAAACUGCACCUCCAGCAUCCAUAAGAACGUGGCCCGGAGCCUUCUGAUGGAGCGUGAUGCCUUGAAGCCCAACUCGCCCCUGACCGAGCGGCUGAUCCGCAAGGCAGCUGCCGUCCACCUCAUGUAGUGACCGGGCCCAGCUGCCUCCGUCCUGCAGAAGCUCAGCGACGGCCUCAUUGGCAUCAGAUGAGCUGCUCCACUGGGUUAGGGUUAGAAAACAGCUAGACCCUGUCUGUUAUAGCUGUUAGAGGGUAAUCUGCAGCCUUAAACAAAAAGCUCUGUAAACAGGCAGUUUUACAUGAAGAAGGGACACGGAUUCAUUUUAAAUGUCGUUCAGAAUCUUCCUCCAAUCCACGUAAAGGGCUGGUGUGCACUUCUACGCAGUCAGAACCAACGUGGCUGCUGCUCUCUCCACUUGCCUUGCAAGUCAUUUCCCAGGGGAACGUUUGUACUUUCUGCUUGUUCAAGGAUUGGACGGCAGGGCAGGGCUGAGGCCAGGCUCAGUUGGAGAGGGGAGUUUUCCAAACACAGCCCCGUGGAGGCAGCCCCUUCUCUCCCCUCAACUGGCCACCCUUGGGAUAAACCCUUCAUUUAGUCUUCCUUA